AUCAAUAGUGGUAUAAAUAACAAUACUAACAAUAAUAAUAGUAUUAUAAAUAAUAAUAAUUUAAAUAAUAAUAAUAAUAAUAAUAAUAAUUUUAAUAAUAAUAAUAAUAAUAUUAAUAAAAAUAAUAUUAUUGAAGAACCGCUACAAAAAAAUAUUCAACUUCCAAAUAAUAAUAUUAUUAAUAAUAAAGAUAAAAAUAAAAGUUUAUCAAGUUCCAUUAAAACUUUAAAAAGAUUAUUUAAUUCAAAAUCAAAUAGUAUUAAACAAACACAAUCAUUACCGACAUCAUUAAAUACAUCACCAACAAUUAUUGGUGGUAGUGGCUCAACAAAGGAUUCAGCAAGUGCAACAUCCUCAUCUUUAAAUAACAGUAGUGGUAGUAUAGGUAGUACACCAUUGGUAUCAGUUACUGACAUUAGUGAUUCAUCAUCCGUCGAUAGUUUUGAUUUAUCAGCUGACGAACAAUAUUUAGGUGGAAGUAUAGGUAGAGGUGCAACUAAAAAGAAAUCAAAUAGAUUAAGUGGUACUAUUUUUUUCUCUAAAAUGGGCAAUCAACAAGUUAAAGGUAUUAAAGGUGGUAGCAAUACUAUUAGUGGCGGUCUAGCUCAAAAAAAAUCUUCAAGCUCUUUAAAUAUAACAAACUCUACAGAAUUAAAUAAUUUUUUUAUGAGUACCGAUAGUAGUUUAAAUAAUUCACCAAUACAAAGUUCAAAUAAUAGCCAUAGUAAUACACCAAAUAAUCAAAGUUUAAAUAAUAUAUCUAAUGAAAAUAGUAAUAGUAAUAUGUAUUAUUUAAAUAAUACAAAUAGUCCACAACAACAACAACCACAACAUAAUAAUAAUCAUGAUGAACAAAAAAUACAUUAUAAUCAAAAUUUAUUAAUUUUUAAUAGUAUACCAAAUAUAACAAAUAUAACAAAUAGAGAAUAUCGUAAAACCCCUCCUCCAAAUUUAAUGUUAUAUUUAAAAAAUAGUUUUUCACAAUUACCAACAAACACAAACUCAUCACACUAUCGCUUAUCAUCAAACCUAACCUCAUCCACAAGUCUCUCAUCCUCAACUGCUCUAAUGUUAUCAAACCAAAGUAAUAAUCAUAAUAGUAAUCUAUUAUCAUCAUCACCCUCACAAAUGAAUGGAAACAACUCCACACCAACACAGCAAAUGCAACCACUAUAUAGAUCAUUCUCUGAUAACUGUUUAUCAACAAAGCAACAUGAUAACAACUAUAGCCAUUCAUUACAAUCCUCACUAGAUGACAGCAAUAACAAUAGUAAUAAUAUAAAUAUUGACUAUGAUUUCAUUUAUAGAAGAUUUUUAAGAAGCAGAAGUGAAGUUACCAUACCAUCUUGGGAAUACUCUUCUUAUGAUGGUGAAUUUGUAAAUGAAAUUGAAGAAACUAUUUCAAGAAUUACUCAUCAAAAUAAUCUAAAUAGUAGUAAUAAUUUAAUUCUUAAUAAUAAUAACAAUAAUAACAAUACACCAAAUAUCAAUAACUCUGUGACCACCUCAACAUUAAAUAAUAACCAAAUUAAAAAUGAUGAUGAAAAUCAAAUUGAGGGUAUUAAAUUUAAUCAAAAUGGCGAAAUCGAAUCUGGGCAAUUAGAUAAAAUCAUUGAUAUUUUAACCGAUAUUCAAAGAGUUAUGGAUACGCAAACAUUGGAUGUAUUUUUAUACACAUACCACUAUUACAUACCAUCAAAAGACUUAUUAAGUGACCUUAAACACAGAUUCAAUAAUCCUUCAGAAUUUGCCAAGAUUGAUAAAGAUAGCAGUGGUAAAGAAGAUCAGUUUAAUAACUAUUUUUGUUUGCGUAUUAUAAACAUAAUAAAGAAAUGGAUAGAUCAACAUGGCCAUGUAUUUAUAACAAAUGGUGAACUAUAUCAAAAUUUAAUAGAUUUCAUCGAUACUGAUGUAAUGACAUUCAGCUCUCGUUGGGGCCUUUUCCUUAGACAAAGCAUUCACGAAAGUAGUAGUAUUCUUCGUUUUUUAAGCUUAACAAAUAAUAAGGGAAAUGCCAAAACCAUCAAAGAUAUUGUACCAUUAGAUAACUUGGUUUCCAUUUCGAAACUAUUAUCAAUCUCUUUAGCACUAAAGGAAAAAAAGAGAGGAAAUAUUUUGGUUGAUAGCUCAUUCACUGGUAGCGAUGCUGUAGAUUGGUUAGAAUCAACAUUUUCAAUUUCAAGAGAUGAAUGUAAAGAAAUACUUUCAAAACUUUUACAAAAUCAAUUUAUCCUUCAUCCCUCUAAAAAAAUUGAAAAAGAUAAUAGCAAUCACACAAGUACUGGUAAUAUAACAUCGUCAUCAACUGCAUCUACCGCCAAAACUUCAAAAAAUAGUAAUGCUAAUAGUGUAAAUAAAGCAUCAGCAACUUCAAAUAGCUAUAACUACAAUGGUGCAAGUGAAAAUGAAUCCCCAAACAGUUUAUCACCAACUGCCCAAACACCCUCCAAUAACUCACCAAGUCAAUCACCCAACUUAUCUUACUCGACACCAUCAUAUCUAUCCUCAUUUGAGCAUAUUCAACACUAUCAAAUCCAACACUCUGUCUCAAACCUAUCAUUUGGUUCAUCUUCAUCCUCUUCAUCCUCCUCAUCAUCAUUAAUAACAACAGCAUCAACAAAUAAUGAAUCAGAAUUAAAUGAAAAUAUUGUAAAUAAUGUAGAUAAUAAUCAUGAAAAUAAUAACACCAAAACUAAUAAUAAUAUUAUAGACACUGCUACUACAACUGCUACUAACACAACUACUACAACAACCAAUAACCCACCAACUAAUGCAUCACAAGUCAAAGAAAAAAGGCUAAAGUUUAAAGAUAAAUCUACCACUAUCUAUCAUUUCCCAUACAAUAACAAUAACUAUCCAGAACCUAUUCUAUCAAAAUCACCCAAUAUAACAUUAUUUUUAGAUAUUCAUCCAGUAGAAGUUGCAAGACAACUAACACUUAUCGACUAUCAAUUAUUCAAGAAGCUUUCACCAACUGACUUUUAUCGUACAGCUUGGAGCAAAUCAGACUCAAAAGAAAAAGUACCCCAUAUUAUUGCCUUUAUAAGUCGUUCCAAUUCUGUUAGUUAUUGGGUUGCUACUGAAAUCUUAUCAUCAAAUAACAUUAAACAUCGUGCAUGUGUAUUAAAACGUUUUAUUGUUGUGGCUGACGUCCUUAGAAAAAUUAGAAACUAUAAUACUUUAACAGGGGUUUUAAUGGGUUUAAAUUUAGGUAGUAUUCAACGUUUAAAGAGAACAUGGGAAUGUGUAGAUAAAAAAUUCCUCGAUCUUUUCCAACAACUAAACAACUUAAUUAAUGACCGUAUGAACUACUCCAACUAUAGAAAAAUUACAUCAUCCCCAAUUUAUCCAUCAUUACCAUUCGUUGCGGUAUAUUUAAGAGAUUUAACCUAUAUUGAAGAAGUACCAAGUGUAUUAGAAAAUGGUUAUAUAAAUUUCGAAAAGAUGAGAAUGAUAACUAAAAUUCUAUUGGAAAUUAAAAAAUUCCAAACUGAAGAAUAUGGGUUAAAGAAAAUCGAUCAAAUUGAAAAUCUAUUUAAAACAAGUGUAGUUUUAACAGAUAAAGAUUUAUAUAAAGCCUCAAAUAUGUGUGAACAACCUCAAAGAACAACUUCAGCCCAAAAUGGUCUUAAAUUUAAUACCUUAUCAACAACAAAUAGCAAUAACGAAAAAUUAGAAAGAAAAAAAACAUUUUUCUCAUUAACCAGCAGCGCCAGUAAAUAAUAAUAUUUGUAUAAAAUCUGUAAUCUUUUUUUUAAAAAUAAUUUAUUUAUAAAUAAAUUUAAAAAAUGUAAAUAUAACAUCUAUUGUUUGUAAUAAUGUAACGUUC